AUGUCGCUAGACGGUGUACCGGCAAAAAUCAUCGUCAUGAUCGAGGUCUAUUAUCGCCCCACUACUGCAAGAGUUCUGGUCCACAACAAUCUUUCCCAACCGUUCGUUAUUCGGUCUGGCGUUCGACAGGGUUUUAUUCUGUCAUCCAUUCUGUUCAACUAUGCUAUUGACCGGAUCCUCGGGAGGGCCCUACGCGAGGGUGACGGUCUUGAGUUUGCACCCGGACACCGACUGACUGAUCUGGUCUCUGCUGAUGAUAUCGCCCUACUUGCUUCAAGUUUUGGUGAUCGGCAGUCUAUGGUGUCACGGAAGAACGAGGUCGCUAAAUCGGUCGGCUUAUUCAUAAACACUGGGAAGAUCAAAGCGUUUUCAAACUGCAUCUUUGAUCAGGAGAAGGCACCCCUGGUGAUUGAUGGCUGUCAACUUGAAGAAGCAGACAGUUUUAAAUACCUCGGGGGGAGGCUGCUGCCUAAUAGACAGAGUAAGGACGACAUUGUCUCUCGAACUGAUGCUGCCCGCUGGGUUUUCUCAAGCCUACGGAAAUGCCUGUGGAUCCGACGUGACCUCUCCAUCGCCACUAAGAUUCGCGUAUAUCGUACAUUUGUCCGGUCUGUCCUUCUCUACGGUUGUGAAUGGUUGGCUUAA